AUGAAUUCCUCCACCUCCGCUGGUGGUGAAAAGGCGGACAGUGUACCGGCACGCAAGCGGCAGCUACGACAAUCUGUGCUAGCAUUGUUGAAAAAGGUGGACAUCAAAAAUAAAGGCUUGAAACGUUUCUUCUACUUCACGUACGAAACAGAACCAUCAUCGACGGUAAAGCAGGAGAGUGUGAAAAAGCUCUACUUCAGCGAUGGAGAAAUCUGCGAGGGCGAUGAAUACUUUCUGCAGCACAUGAAGAAAAGUGUGUUCGUGAGCAAUCUUCCAGGCGGGACAAAGAAAUCGGAACUCUACCAGCUGUUUCAACGUUUUGGCAUGGUACUUUCGAUCGAGUUGCGUACCCGUGGUGGUCGUACCAUAAUGGGCCGCCAGACACAGUAUCCGUUCGAAACGGGACCGCCUUACCUGUGCAGCACGAUCGAGUUCGAUACGCCUGACAGUGCCAAGAAUGCGUGCGACGUGAAGACGGAAAGUACAUACAUAGCUAAACCGAUCGUGAAUCCAUCGCUACUUGGCACGGAAAAUUGUGUGUAUAUCGAAAACAUACCAAUCUCAACGACCCGCCAAGAGCUGUGGCAACACUUUAAGGUGUUUGGACCGAUCCGUUCGAUACGGAUGGAGUUUCCAGAUGGGACGCUGGUACUUACCGAUGCGGAGUACGCACAGCUUCGCUCCGUGAGCUGUCACAUCCGGUUCCGCCGAAGAGCCGAAGCACGGGCUGCCGCAAAAGCCCUUAAUCGUAGCACCUUUAAGGAGCGUCACAUCUCCGUACAGAUGGCAUAUCAAAAGUACUGUAAUCCAGACGAACUAUCGAACAAUGCGCUGCGAAUCUUCUUUCAACCGUUUGGCGAUGUGGUUUCGCUCGAUCAAAUACCCCAUCAACGGGCCGGAUACGUUUGCUUCAAGCCACCAAUCCCGGUGGACAUGAUCAAGCGUGCCAAUCAGCAAACGUUUCGCAAUCGGCGCAUAACGAUCGAAAAGCUCGAUCUGCCGGGCACAACGAAGGAUGGGAAAGCGAUGAAAGCGGUCGGCAAUGGAAAAGCUGGACGGGACAACAAUAACCCAGGCAAUGGCAGUAGUACCAGUAGUAACACUAAUAAUCGAGAAGGAACCGCAACCGGUACUAGUACUUCCGGGAAAACGACUUCCAACAAUUCAGCAGCCCUGCAGCUUAAGCUUGGCCGUAAGAUCGCUCGUAAAGGGCUUCCGGUCGGACGUAAACCGUUAGCCAAGAAGGUAGCUGCCGGUGGUGGUGAUCUAACGAAAAACGAGUCCGGAAAGCCAAGCGGCAAAACGGCAUCUGAAAAUGCGAAAGAAAACCGUGCCACUUCGUAG